GAAGUCCCCCUUAGAACGAUCAAAACGACGAUUUAUCGCGAAGAAAAACGCGGGGCCGAAAACCACUCCCUGCCGCGCCUAGGAGCCCCACGAAAGCUCACAGAAGAGCAGCGCGAUCAAAUAUACAAUGCCCUCACAACCAACCCCAACCUUACACACCGAGACCUCCUUAAAUCCAUCGAUAACGCCAUUAAAGAAUAUUCCCUUUAG